AUGAAUAUUAAGGAGUUGGAGGCAACACAUACUCAGGCGAAAGAUAUCAGAAGUUUGCUCAAUAUGAAGUACGAUGCUCAUCACAACAUGACUCAGAUUUAUAAUGAGACAGCAAAAAUUAGGCGUGAGAGAUUGGGUGGGUUGAAACCUAUGCGGUGA